GAAGCUCAGUGCAACAAGGAAGCCUCUGGCCAACCCCACGACGGCGACGUCUUUUUCAUCCUGACUUAGCUUCAAGCAAGCAACCUUUAUUCUUGGGACGCAAUGGCUGACGACGUUUCCGGCGAGAGGAUCUAUCUUCACGGAGAUUUGGACUUGGACAUUAUCGAGGCCCGAAUGUUGCCCAAUAUGGACGCUGUGUCUGAGCACUUCCGCCGUUGCGUCACUGGAUGCGAUACUAUCAAAUUCCGUUCAUCCGAUCCCGCUGCUGCAGCGGGCGACCGAGGCCACCGCAAAACUCACCAACAUAAAAAAAUCAUUACCAGCGACCCUUAUGUCACGGUUACUGUCCCACAGGCCACUGUUGCCCGUACACGUGUCAUAAAGAAUUCCCAAAACCCUUGCUGGAACGAGCACUUCAACAUCCCCCUGGCACACCCCGUCAUAGAUUUGGAAUUCCGCGUGAAAGAUGACGACAUUUUUGGUGCGCAACUCGUGGGAACUGUUAAAAUUCCGGCGCAGGGGAUUGCCUCCGGUGAACGUAUUACUGGGUGGUUUCCAAUUCUUGGAUCCUCCGGUAAGCCACCCAAAAGCGAAACUGCGCUUUAUAUUGAAAUGAAGUUCACGCCAGUUGAGAAGAACCCGCUGUAUCUUCGCGGCAUCGCGAACGAUCCCGAGCACAAGGGUGUGAGACACGCGUAUUUUCCGUUGCGGAAAGCUAGCUCCGUGAGACUGUACCAAGAUGCCCAUGUUCCUGAAGGGAUGCUACCUAAGAUUGAGCUAGAGGGAGGGAAGGUUUAUAAGCAUGAAAAAUGUUGGGAAGAUAUUUGUUAUGCUAUAUCUGAGGCUCAUCAUAUGGUAUAUAUCGUGGGCUGGUCAAUCUACCACAAGGUGAAACUGAUUAGGGAGCCCUCCAGACCAUUGCCACGAGGUGGAGAUUUAACUCUUGGUGAAUUGCUCCGAUACAAGUCUGAAGAAGGGGUUCGUGUUCUGUUACUGGUUUGGGAUGAUAAAACUUCCCACGAUAAGUUGUUCUUCAAAUCGGCCGGAGUGAUGCAGACACAUGAUGAAGAAACCAAAAAGUUCUUUAAACAUUCUUCCGUUAUGUGUGUGUUAGCACCUCGUUAUGCUAGCAGCAAGUUGAGCAUUAUAAAGCAACGGGUUGUUGGAACUGUCUUCACCCAUCACCAAAAAUGUGUUAUUGUGGACACACAGGCCUCCGGUAAUGAUAGGAAAAUAACUGCUUUUUUAGGAGGGCUUGAUUUAUGUGAUGGCCGCUAUGACACACCUGAGCAUAGACUUUUUCGUGGUCUUGAUACUGUAUUUAAGGGGGAUUUUCACAACCCUACAUUUCCUGCUGGAAAGAGGGCUCCGAGGCAACCAUGGCAUGAUUUGCACUGCAGAAUUGAUGGCCCUGCUGCAUAUGAUGUUCUCAUUAAUUUUGAGCAGCGUUGGAGAACGGCAACUAAGUGGAAAGAGUUUGCAAUGCUUGUCAAAAAGGCUUCUCACUGGCAUGAGGAUGCUUUAAUAAAAGUAGAUCGUAUAUCGUGGAUAUUAAGUCCUUCCGUGCAUCCCUCAAAGGAUGGUAGCACCGUCGUACCUGGAGAUGACCCUACAGUGUGGGUUUCCAGCGAGGAUGAUCCUGAAAACUGGCAUGUUCAGAUCUUCCGUUCCAUUGAGUCAGGGUCCCUGAAAGGGUUUCCAAAAAAUGUUCAUGCUGCCCAGUCCCAGAAUCUUACCUGCGCUAAAAAUUUGGUAAUAGAUAAAAGUAUUCAAACAGCAUACAUCCAGGCAAUCAGAUCUGCUCAACAUUUUAUUUACAUAGAAAACCAAUAUUUUAUUGGAUCAUCGUAUGCAUGGCCAUCUUAUAAAGAUGCAGGAGCUGAUAAUCUUAUCCCAAUGGAAUUGGCGCUGAAAAUUGCUAAUAAAAUCAGAGCUAAGGAAAGAUUUGCCGUGUAUAUUGUUUUACCAAUGUGGCCAGAAGGUGAUCCUAAUUCCGCAACUGUGCAAGAAAUUCUGUUUUGGCAGGGCCAGACAUUGCAGGCGAUGUAUAAGGUUGUGGCUGAAGAAUUGAAAUCAAUGCAAUUUACUGACUUGCAUCCACAAGAUUACCUCAACUUCUAUUGCCUUGGUAAUCGGGAGGAAUUUCAUGAAGAUGCCUUGAACUCAAAUGGUGUUGCUGUCACCGAUUCACAUAAGUAUGGUCGAUUUAUGAUUUAUGUGCAUGCUAAGGGGAUGAUCAUUGACGAUGAGUAUGUGAUAGUGGGAUCUGCUAAUAUAAACCAAAGAUCUAUGGCUGGUACAAAAGAUACAGAGAUAGCAAUGGGCGCAUACCAACCUCACCACACUUGGUCUGCAAGGAAAAGACAUCCCUCUGGACAGAUUUAUGGUUACAGAAUGUCACUGUGGAGUGAGCAUCUUGGGCUUGAGGUCAUAGACACAUGUUUCAAGGAACCAGAGAGUUUGGAGUGUGUGAAGAAAGUGAAUGAAAUUGCUAACGAAAACUGGAGCAAGUUCACUUCUGAGAACUUCUCACAGCUGCAGGGGCAUUUGCUUAAGUAUCCUGUACAGGUAGAUGCUGAUGGGAAUGUAAGCUCCCUACCCGGACAUGAGAAUUUCCUGGACGUUGGCGGUAGAGUACUGGGGGCCCAUUCCCAGACAAUUCCGGAUAUCCUAACAACGUAAUCUCUUGAGUUCGUUUUUAUUAAAAUCUGCUUCUUCUUGGCCAACGUUUAUGAGAGGUCUGGUUAAGGUUGUGACAAGUGGAGUUCCCUCAGACUGACGGAGGAAGGAAAAAGAAAUUAGAAUAAUGUGUUUAUUUUUCGGAACUCUCUGAUUGGCCAAGUGACGUGUAAAUUUUGAAGAUGAAGAGAUGCCGAUUGUUACCAGAGGCCGCAACAGUAUUCUCUGUUUAUAUCCUACAAAGGAAAAAUGAUCUCCCUUGCAUGAAGGCUCUGAAUUUAUCAAUUUAUCAUUUGUUGAUGAAAUUAAAUUCGUUUCCAUCCGUCUCUUGUAGAAUUAUUUGAAUUCUUUGGACGAGACUCCGGCCGAAGGUAAAACCAAGCACAUUUAAUAUUAUACUACCUUUCAUCUUAA